AUGGAAAAAUCGGCGUCGAAAAUAACAGUAUUUACCAUAGCAUGUGUAUUAACAGUGAUAAUAUCUGUGAUAAAUAUUAGUCUACUCAGUGUUCGUGUAUCCAUGACUCAUCCUUCAGUGAGUGAAACACCACUCUAUGGACAAUAUGAUAACAGUGAAUCAGUGAGUACUGAAAGUGUACCUUUAGCGGCCCCAUCGCUUGCUCGUCACAGACAACAACGUCUACCACAAUGCUUAAUCAUAGGUGUACGCAAAGGUGGUACCAGAGCGUUGCUAGAUGCACUUGCGAUACAACCUUAUAUUCGUGUUGCUCGACGAGAGAUGCAUUUUUUCAAUGAUAAUGAAACAUAUUCCAAGGGAUCCGACUGGUAUCGUCGACAAAUGCCGCAUACUUAUCCUGAACAGGUGACAAUCGAGAAAACUCCAGCUUAUUUUACAAAUCAGUAUGCACCGGAAAGAGUUCAUCGUUUAAAUAGCUCAAUGAAAUUGAUAUUAAUAUUGAGGGAUCCGGUUAUUCGCACUAUCAGUGAUUUCACCCAGGUAUUGCAUACAAAACAUGAACGGAACAAAACAAAACCGUCAUUCGAGGCAGAAGCCUUUCUCAACGACAGUUUUGAAAUUAAUGUCAAUUAUAAACCCGUACGUAAUUCGCUGUAUUCACUUCAUAUGAAUCAAUGGUUGAAAUAUUUUUCGCUAAAAAAUUUCCUGAUUCUAGAUGGCGAUAAAUUUAUUAUGGACCCUUUGUCACAGUUGCGAAAAGUUGAGCGAUUUUUGCAUAUUCCGGAGUCAUUUAAACCGGAUCAGUUGGUUUUCAAUGAACACAAAGGAUUUUACUGUUUCCGACGGAAGGACCGAUAUACGGCUAAAUGCUUAGGGAAUACUAAAGGUCGUCCUCAUGUAAACAUUAUGCCAGAAAUCCAGUUCAAAUUGCGCAAAAGUUUUCGGCCGUACAAUGCAGAAUUCAAUAAAAUGGUGAAUCAGUGGUGGGAUUGGGAAGAGAAACCUCUUUUGUAA